AUGGUUGGCGCGAGUAAGAACCGCCUGCACUCUUUGGUGCGCCACUUUCAGAGUGGUGCAAAGCUAGAGGCGACGGCCGCGCGUCCCGGCAGCAACGCGCCGCCGGACUCGCUCGGGACGCUGCGCCUGGGCCCGAAUGUGGCCAUUCCGCUGGUCGCCCCGGAUGCGCCGGAGCGCAUUCCGCCCCAGCGCCUGCUGCUCGACAUCGAGGAUGCGCUCGUGCUUGAGCACCUCGAGUUCUUGGGCAAAAAGUGGCAGCUGCGCCAGGACGUCUUCCUCGCGGCGCCCCCCGGCCCGUACACCCGCCGCCUGUGCCAGACGUUUGCCGCGCUGAUCCAGGUGCCGGUCGAGUACGUGUCGCUGCACCGCGACAUUGGCGAGGCAGAGUUGCUGCAGCAGCGCUCGCUCGAGGCGGGCGGAAACCUACGCUACGAUGACGGGCCGGUCGUCCGUGCGAUGAAGAACGGCCACAUUUUGCUCCUCGAGGGCAUCGAGCGUGCGGAGCGUGGCGUGAUGCCGGUGCUCAACAAUAUCCUCGAGAACCGCGAACACAAUCUGCCGGACGGCACGCAGCUCGUGCCGGCAGAGCGCUUUACCAAGCGCGACGAAAGCAGCGCAGAGCACGCCCGCUUCGUGCCGGUGCACCCCGACUUUCGCGUCUUUUGCCUUGGCCUGCCGGUGCCGCCGUACAAGGGCCACCCGCUCGACCCGCCGUUCCGUUCGCGUUUCCAGGCGCGCUGGGUCGAGGGAACCGUCUUUCCGCAGCUGCCGCCACACACGAGCGCCUGUGGCGCGCACUCCUCCGAGCUGCUCAGCCGCUGGGGACAGUUUUCCGCGCUGGUGCAGGCGCACGCAGACGUCACGCAGCGCACCGGCCACCUGCCGACGACCGAGCAGCUGCCGCACGUCCCGUCGACGGCGCUGCCGCUCCUGCGUGAUCUGAGCAUCCUCUUCCCCCCGCAAGAUACACUCGCAUCCCUCCCGACCUCGGACGCGGUGCCCGAGGAGAAGAAGGAGAAGAAGAACACGGGCACUCUGCCCAACACGGACGCACCGGCGCGCCCGGUGCCGCGCAAGGCGCCGCAGCCCGAAGGCGCGCUGCCCCCCAUGGCCCAGCCGACGCUGGCACUGCUGUCGGCCGCGUAUCCUGCCCUCCUUGAGAUGGCCGCCGACAAGCAAAAGGUGCUGCGCGAGAUGCUUACGCGCCUCGCCCUCGAGUCGGGCGUCGGCGACGGAUGCUCGUCGACGUACGAGCAGGGCGCGGGCCUGCUCGGCUUCCGCAUCACCUCGAUCGAGCGCCUGAGUGAGACGCGUGCGCGUCUGCACUUUGCGCAUAUCCUGCACGGUACGCCCGUUGCGAUCGAGGCGCCGUGCGGUCCGCAGCCGCUCGUCAGCGUCGAGGAGCUCGAGCAAAAGUUUACCGAGGUCCAGCUCACGCCGCGUGUCACUGCCGUGCUCUCGACGAUGCUGCAGAUGCACGCGCUUGGCCGCGACAUCAACCUCGUUCCCGCGUCGCUCGACGGUGCGGGCGUGCGUGCACAGGCUUCGUCGUCCAAGUCGGUGUGCAUUUCGCUCUUUGGUGCACUGCUUGGUUACCCCGUCGAGACAAUCUGGCUGUGGAAGGACGUCGGUGGCUCGGAGCUGAUCAUGCGCCGUGCCACGACACCGGACGGUGCGACGGUCUGGCGCCCGGCGCCGCUGACGAGCGCCGCGCUGAACGGCACGCUGGUGCACCUCGCCGGUGCAGACGUGCUGGGCGUGACCAUCGAGAGUCUCGAGCGCCUCGCCGAGGACCGCGAGCUGGAGCUUUGGGACGGCACGCGCCUUACGCUCGCGCCGGAGGACUCUACGCCGAUCCACCUCGAGGACGGCAAAGUGUGCCCGAUGGCGCGCAACUUGCGCAUCAUUGUCACUGCGCCGAACGCGCAGCAGUGGCUCACGGAGAGCGUCGCCGCGAUGUUUGCUACGGUCGCUGCGCCGCCGAUGCAGGAGGAGGAGGAGCGCAGCGUGCUGGCAAAGCGCACCGAGUGCGACCCGACGCACAUCGACAUGCUCCUCGCCUUUGCGAAGCGCUACCGCAGCGAGAGCGCGGACCCCAACGUCGGUCUGCACAAGGCGCGCCGCCUCGGCACGCGCCAGCUGCUGCGCUUUGCGAACCGCCUCGCGCACUUCCCCGGCACGGACAUGUACUCGCUCAUUUGGCGCAACCAGCUCGCCGACUUUUUGCCCAAGACCGUGCGCGAGGUCCUGCACGCGAUGCUGAUCGACUGCCGCAUCGUACCGCACGGCUACGAAGGCGCGUUCCAGUACAUCCCGAAGCUGGUCGUGCAGCCGCCCAAGGUCGACACGGCGGACAGCACACUGUCCUUCUUCAAGGCCGACGGCCAAAAGCUCUUGUCGGUGCCCCGCUACGACUGGCGCAAGCUCGACCACGACGGCGAGUCGCUUGUGCCGAACGCCCACGGCUCGUUCUUCCACAACGCGCAGCAGUCGACGCUUAUCUACUCGUUCGUGCAGGAUCUCGUGAUCCUGGGCGAACACCUCCUGCUCAUGGGCGCGCAGGGCACGGGUAAGAACAAGAUUAUCGACCAGACGCUCGAGCUGCUUGACCGUCCGCGCGAGUACAUCCAAAUGAACCGCGACUCGACGGUCGGCGAGCUCCUGCAGCGUGCCUACCUCGAGGACGGCCAGCUGAAGUACUCCGACUCGCCGCUCGUGCGUGCCGUGCGCCACGGCCGUGUGAUUGUGGUUGACGAGGUGGACAAGUGCUCCGCCUCGGUUUCGGCCGUGUUCAAAUCGCUCGCGGAGCGUGGCGAACUUACGCUGCCCGAUGGCCGCCGCGUCGUUCCGUACGGCUCGGGCGUGCCGGAGGCGAUCGAAGUGCACCCCGAUUUCCGCCUCGUUCUGCUUGCCAACCGUCCCGGCUGGCCGUUCCUGGGCAACACCUUUACGGAUGUCGUCGGCGAGGGCUUCUCUUCGUACGCCGUCGCGAACCCCGAUGCGGCGUCCGAGAUCGAGCUGCUGGAGCGCAUGGCGCCGAACGUCGACCGGCGCCUCAUUGAGAAGCUGGUGCUUGCCUUCCAGGACCUGCGCGCUGCGUUUGAGGAGGAUCUCAUCAACCACCCCUACUCGCUGCGUGAGCUGAUCCAUAUUGUGCGCCACCUGAACAAGUACCCCCAGGAGCCGCUGGGCGAGGUGAUGCUCAACAUGCUUGCCUUUGACCUGCACCGCCCCGAGGCGAUGAAGCUCGUCACCGAGACGUUUGCGCGCCGCGGCCUCAAGGUCGGCGACCUGAGUCUCGAGACGCUGCGCGCCAAGGCCGCCGAGAAGGCCGCCGAGGGCCCGAAGCGUGUCGAAUACGACCCGCCCGGCGACACGGACCUUGAGCGCCCCAAGGAGGGUGUCGAGGACAACGAGGUGCACGUCGGUGGCAACACCUUCCGUGGCGGCACGGGCGGUCGCGACACGGCCGGUCUCGGUGGUCGCGGUGGUGCGGAGCGUGUCUUCAAGGGCCACAAGAUCCACCAGAUCCCCGACGAGCUCAAGAAGCAGGUUCCGGAGCACAUCCAGAACGAGGCGCGCGCGAUGGCGAAAAAGGCGCUUGAGGAGAAGCUUGCGAGCGACCGUCUGGAUGCCGACGAGGCCGAGUACCUCUUGCGCAUCCAGAAGCAGGUCGCGGCGCAGGUCCAGCACCUUGCCAAUGUGCUGAACGCACUUGCAGCGAACGAGCACGAGCGCAAGUGGAUGGUGCGCCAGCAAGAAGGCCAGCUCGACGAGCGCCGUUUGAGCGACGGCCUUGUCGGCGAGCGUGCCAUCUUCAAGCGCCGCCAAGAAGCGCCGCCGGAGAUUGGUGCGCCGCAGAUGAAGCCGAAGCGCAUCCGCAUCGUGCUCGACGCCUCUGCGUCGAUGUACCACAUGCAGUUUGACGGGCGCCUCGGCCGUGAGGUCGAGACGGCGAUGAUGAUCAUGGAAGCGAUGAAGCGCGUCGACCCCUCGCGCUUUGCCUUUGACAUGGUCGCGCACUCGGGCGACACCAAGGUCAUUCCCCUGAUCAAGCUCGGCCAGAUGCCGCGCACGGAUGGUGACCGCUUCCGCAUCCUCCGUGACCUCGUGACGCACACACGCUUCUGCUUCUCGGGCGACAACACGGUGGAGUGUAUCGAGCAGUCGGUCAAGGAUGUGCGCAAGGAGGAGAACGACGACUACUUUGUCAUUGCCAUCUCCGAUGCAAACCUCGCGCGCUACCACAUCACUGUCGACCAGCUUGGCCACGCGCUCAAGAGUGACGACAAGGUCAAGUCGGCGAUCAUCUUUAUCGACAAAGGCCCCGAGGCGGUGAACGCGGUCAAGGCGCUGCCUGGCCGUGCGUUCAUCGCGCCUGAUACACGCGAGAUCCCCCGCAUUCUCUCCGACAUUCUCACGUCGAUGGUCGCUGGCAAGUAG